GUUGCAUGAGAAUAGGAGUGUUGCUGUUUAUUAUUCUGUACUAACUUGUACAACUUGUACACAGUGUAAGAGUAUUUGUUUCGUGAUUUAAUUAUUAUAAUAAUAAAAAAAAUAUUAUAAGGUAAAAGUUUCACAAACUCUUACAAAUGUACAUGAAUGAACUAAAACUGGACACGUAUUAAUACUGUCUAUUUCGCCUGACCGAGUGAUCGUCCACCACCCGUUCAGUUUGUGUUUUUACGCUGUCUGAGCUCCAUGUAUCUCGUUCUCUCUCGUUUGCUCUUCGUUAACUAAUUGGCUCUUGUUGACGAUGGCAUCUAAGCUUAGUUGUGAUAAAAAGAAGAGUCGUAAGCCUCUUACUUUAAGUGCCAAGUUAGAAAUUAUUAAACUUAGUGAACAAGGUAUGUCAGUGUCUGAGAUAGCACGUAAGCUUGGUUUGGCUCGUCAAACAGUUAGUACAGUUGUGAACAAUAAGGAGAAAGUGUUGCAGGAUGUUAAAAGUGCUACACCAGUGACCACUAAAGUUAUAAGAAAACAUGAUAGCCCUAUUACUGACAUGGAAAAACUUUUAAUGGUGUGGAUUGAUGAUCAGACUAGUCACAAUGUGCCUUUAAGCAGAGCCAUUAUCCAGUCCAAGGCCCUAAGUCUCUUCAAUUCUAUGAAGGCUGAGAGAGGGGAGGAAGCUGCUGAAGAUAAAUUCUCAACUAGCAGAGGCUGGUUUAAUAGGUUUAAGGAAAGAAGUCAACUUCACAACAUCAGAGUGCAGGGUGAAGCUGCAAGCGCUGAGAAUUUAGCUGCAGAAAAUUAUCCACGUGAACUAGCCGAGAUAAUAGAAUGUGGUGGAUAUACCAAGCAACAGAUUUUUAAUGUGGAUGAGACUGCAUUAUUUUGGAAGAAGAUGCCAUCUAGGACAUUUAUUGCUAAGGAAGAGAAGUCAAUACCUGGCUUCAAAGCUGCAAAAGACAGGCUAACGCUCUUGCUAGGAGCUAAUGCAGCUGGUGACUGCAAGUUAAAACCUAUGAUGAUUUAUCACUCAGAGAAUCCUAGGGCCCUAAAGAACUAUGCAAAAGGCAGCCUCCCUGUUUAUUAUAAAUCUAAUUUGAAAGCUUGGAUGACUGCCAAUCUUUAUAUAAGUUGGCUCAUGGACUAUUUUAAGCCUACAGUUGAGGCUUACUGCAAGGCAAAGAAUAUUUCUUUUAAUGUUUUACUUGUUUUAGACAAUGCCCCUGCCCACCCUACAGCUCUACAUGGUAUGUACAGGGAGAUAAAUGUUGCUUUUAUACCUGCAAACACAACUUCAUUACUGCAGCCGAUGGACCAAGGUGUAAUUGCAGUCUUUAAAUCUUAUUACCUAAGAAGAACUUUCAUUAAGGCUGUAAAUUUCCUAGACAGUGAUAAAAUGCCAGGACCUAAACAAAAUAAAUUAAAAACCUUUUGGAAAGGUUUCACAAUUUUGGUUGGUAUUAAAAAUAUUAGAGAUACAUGGAAUGAAGUUAAAGAAACUACGCUCAAAGGUGUUUGGAAGAAUCUGAUUCCUGAACUUAUGGAUGAUUUUGAAGGUUUUGAGAAUCCAGUGGGGGAAGUGUGUGUAAAUGUUGUUGAUAUGGCAAGGGAAUUAGAACUGGAAGUGGAGCCUGAGGAUGUGGAAGUAUUGCUUCUCUCUCAUGAUGAGGCUCUGACAGACCAAGACCUUCUUCUGAUUGAAGAGCAAAGAAAGAAAUUUCAUGAAGAGGAGAUCCAUCCUGAUGAUAGUCCUGUUACCAUUAAAGAAAUGAAAACCCAGGAUUUGGAAGAAGCUAUCAACCAUAUAGAAAUAGCAAUGGCAAUUUUUGAGAAGAUUGAUCCAAAUUUUGAAUGAAGUUCAACAGUGAAUGCAUCCCUUUCCCAUGAUGUUACAUGCUAUAAAGAAAUUUUAAGGGAAAGGAAAAAAAAAUCCAUGAGGCAAAGUUCAAUGCUUUCCUACUUUAACCCUUUGAGGGUUUUGGUCGUACUAGUACGUCUUACGCGUAGGGGUUUUUGACGUACUAGUACGCAUAAAUUCUAGCGGCCUCAAAUCUCGCAGGAAAAGGCUGAUAAGCCUAGAUGUGAGAGAAUGGGUCUGUGUGGUGGGUGUGCGCAGUAGGAAA